AUGAACCGAGUCUCAAUACAACCACCCCCUCCUCCACCGCAACCACCCAACGCAGACCCUCGCAUCCUCCACGCCCGAGCCAUCACCACCGCCAACAUCGACCGUUCCGUCCGCAACAACCUCAUCACUCUCUACUCCAAGUCCAAUCUCCUCUCCUACUCUCUCCGCCUCUUUCACCAAAUCUCUUCUCCCAAUGUCGUCUCAUGGACGGCCGUGAUCUCGGCCCACUGCAACACCCUCUUCGCCCUCCAACACGUUGUUUCCAUGCUCCGCCACCCCACUUUCCCCAACCAGCGCACCUUCGCUUCCCUCUUCAAAACCUGCGCUUCUCUCCCUUCUCUCUCCUUCGGCCUUGCCCUCCACUCCCUCUCUCUCAAGCUUGGCGUCUCGGCGCAGCCCUUUUCUGGGUCUGCCCUCAUUCAUUUCUACUCCAAAUGUCGCUUACCCAUUGAAGCCCGCAAGAUGCUCGAUGAAAUUCCCCACAAAGACGAGGUUUGUUAUGCAGCGGUUAUUGUUGGGUUGGCGCAGAACUCGAGACCCGUUGAGGCGUUGUCCACUUUUGCUGACAUGAAAUGUUCUGAUAUUGGGUCUACUAUGUAUAGUGUUUCCGGCGCACUUCGUGCUGCAAGGGAGCUUGCUGUGUUGGAGCAAUGUAGGAUCAUACAUUCUCAUGCUAUAGUUACGGGACUUGACGGAAAUGUUAUUGUGGGGACGGCUUUGAUUGAUUCGUAUGGGAAAGCUGGGCUUGUGUCUGAUGCUAGACAGGUUUUUGAUGAGAACUUGUCAAGCAUGAACAUUGUGGGGUGGAAUGUGAUGCUGGCUGGAUAUGCACAACAGGGGGAUACAAAAUCGAUGCUUGAGAUUUUCAAUGCAAUGGAAGCUCGGGGUCUUGUGCCGGAUGAAUAUAGUUUUUUGGCAAUUUUAACGUCAUUUUGCAAUGCAGGUUUGGUUUCUGAGACUGAUUGGUGGCUGACCCGGAUGAAGGUAGAUUAUGGGUUGGAACCAGCGAUCGAGCAUUAUACGUGUUUGGUUGGUGCAAUGGGAAGAGCUGGUCAAUUGGAAGAGGCUGAAACGGCUGCACUGACAAUGCCGUUGAUACCAGACGCUGCAGUGUGGCGAUCAUUGCUAUCAAGUUCAGCAUAUCAUAAAGCACCUGAUUUCGCUAGGUCCAUGGCUAAACGGUUAUUGGAAAUUGACCCACAUGAUGACUCUGCUUAUGUAAUUGCUGCAAAUGUGUUAUCAAACGCUGGAAGGUGGGAUGAAGUUGCAGAAGUGAGGAAGAUGAUGAAAGAUAGGAGGGUACAAAAGGAAGGUGGAAGGAGUUGGAUCGAGGUAAGGGGGAAAGUUCAUGUCUUUUUCGCCCGGGACAGAAGGCAUGAAAGAAUGAAUGAGAUCUAUGCUAAAUUGGUAGAGUUGAUGGAGGAGAUAGGAAAAUUAGGAUAUGUGCCGGUUUGGGAUGAGAUAUUGCAUGAAGUAGGGGAAUGGGAGAAAAAGGAAGCCCUUUGGUAUCACAGUGAGAAGUUGGCAGUAGCAUUUGCAGUGGUGAGUGGCGCGGCACCACCAGGCAAGUCAAUAAGGAUUGUGAAGAAUUUGAGGAUAUGCCGGGAUUGCCAUGAGGCAUUCAAGUAUAUCUGUAGAGUAUUGGAGAGGGAGAUCAUUGUGAGAGAUGUAAACAGAUACCAUAGAUUUGUUAAUGGUAGUUGUACUUGUGGAGAUAUAUGGUAG